AGCGGGCGAGUCCGGCAGAGUGCGAGUCAUGGUGACGUGUGCCAUGUGCAUAUGAAAUGAAUGACCGGAGAGGACAUGGAUGGGGCAGAGAGGGAUCUAUACAGCUGCCCUUCGUUGUAUACUGAUGAUGUUAACUCUGCCGCUAUUUCUCAUUCAACCGAGCACUAACCAUGACCAUUUCAUUGCUAUAAGGCUCCUAUGGGAUGUGAAUACACGAUAUGAAAUGGCUUUCUGUCACUGCUGCGAGACCAGGCACUCGUCCUCAUUGCCCUGUUUAAAUCCCAUCACCAUGGUCCAAAUGACCACUCUGUGACCGAGCCUCUCAUCCGGUGCUCCUUGCAUUCCAACAGUUGCAGCCCGCAAACGGGAGUCCAUGAGAAACGUCGAAUGUGGACUGCAGGAGCCAAUCA